GAUAGAUAGAUAGAUAGAUAGAUAGAGAGAGAGAGAGAGAGAGAGAGAGAGAGAGAGCAGAUGAAGAAGAAAAAGAAAAGAAAAACAAGAAAAAAAAAAACAAGCACAACAAUAAAACUCAAACAGAACCAGACCUUUAAUGAUGUUAAUCUCUCCCCUCACCCCCCCCUCUCUCUACCUUCCACAGCAUGGGUUCUGAUAUGCCUCGCAAGCAUAGUGGCAAGCGGCGUGAUGUCCCAGGUCGAGGCCAAACGCAUACUGAGGGAUAACUGGUGUCACUGCGACCUGGAUCCGUGCAUGGAGGCCGUGCGGACAGCCGUGAUCGAGGACAGUGACGUGCCCGAGUGCAUUACUAGGGACCCCGCCGAAGCCGCCAGCGCCUCCGCCUCCAACGCCUCGGCGACUACCGGCUCCUCCUCAGCGGGUACUACCUCCGACGGGAGCUCCAACGGCACUCAGCCCGGGUCGUCGGGCACCACCACCCAGACGGACUCGAACGCGACGGACACCACCGCCCAGACGGACUCGAACGCGUCAGGCACCACCGCCCAGACGGACUCGAACGCGACGGACACCACCGCCCAAACCGACUCGAACGCGUCAGGCACCACCGCCCAAACCGACUCGAACGCCACCAGCGGCGCCACCACGGACUCCGGCGCCGCGUCUGGUAACGGCCAAGGCUCAGCCUCUGACACGAGUUCUGACAGCACGACCUCCGCUUCUGAUACCAACUCAGAUAGCGCUACCACCGGUCCUAGUGGCAAUACCAACUCAGACAGUAGUUCGGCCAAUGCAGGUACCGGGUCCGACAGCACGACCGUCGCUCCUGGUACCGGCUCGAACGGUGACACAACCACCACCGAUACCAACACCAAAUCGGGGGGCGGUAAACCCUCUCCUGAUACCAACCCAGACAGCGGUAACCACCCCCUCUGACAACACCAACUCUGACACCACAGCUACCCCUUCCAACUCCGACUACCCCCUCACCACGACCAGCCCAGACAGCGGCAAUGCCCCCAACCCCAACCCACCUGAUACCGACGCCAGUACGGAGAGCCCCUCGAAUGGCAGUAGCGCCGGCUCGACCUCGCUAAACU